AUGCUGUCUGGGAUCUCGUUGUGCCUCUUGGCAGGCGCCGCUGUCCUCGUCGAGGCGUCGACCAUCGACAUCCGCGACCAGGGCCUCGAAGCUUUCAUCCAGGCCGAGCGCAAGAUCGCGCUGCAGGGCGUGCUCAACAACAUCGGGCCCAAUGGCUCGGCUGUCCCCGGUGCACACGCCGGGUACGUCGUGGCCAGUCCGUCCAAGGACAACCCGAACUACUUCUACACCUGGACCCGCGACUCGGCCCUGACGCUCAAGAUGCUCAUCGACGAGUUCAUCCUCGGCGGCGACAAGAGCCUCGAGGUCUACAUCACCGACUACGUCCACGGCCAGGCCGUCCUGCAGACCGUCACCAACCCGUCCGGCUCCCUGCUGCCCUCGGGCACGGGCCUCGGCGAGCCAAAGUACAACGUCGACGGCACGCGGUUCAACGGCGCCUGGGGCCGGCCGCAGCGCGACGGACCCGCGCUGCGGGCCAUCGCCCUCAUCACCUACGCCAACUGGCUCGUCGAGCAGGGGCAGGCGGCCAAGGCCAAGGACGUCGUGUGGCCGGUCAUCUCGAACGACCUGUCCUAUGUCGGGCAGUACUGGAACACGACCGGCUUCGACCUCUGGGAGGAGGUCGACGGCUCCAGCUUCUUCACCACGCAGAACCAGUACAAGUCGCUCGUCGACGGCGCCGCCCUGGCCGCCAGCCUCGGCGUCCCCUGCGCGGCGUGCGGCCAGGCGGCCCAGGUCCUCUGCCUCCUCGACCAGGCCUACUGGAACGGCGCCUUCUUCACCGCCAACGUCAACCUCAAGUCGCCCAACGGCCGCGUCGGCGUCGACGCCAACACGGUGCUGGGGCCCAUCUCCGUCUUCGACCCGGCCGUCGCCUCGUGCGCCGACCCCUCCGUCCAGCCCUGCCACAGCCGCGCCCUCGCCAACUUCAAGGUCUUUGUCGACACCUUCCGCAACGCGUCGCUGUACCCCAUCAACGCCGGGGCCGGGCCCGCGAGGGGCGUGGCCCUGGGCCGGUACCCGGAGGACGUCUACUUCGGGGGCAACCCGUGGUACCUCAUCACCCUGGGCGCGGCCGAGUUCCUCUACGACGCGGCCGAGCAGUGGGCGCGCCAGGGCCGCCUCGCCGUCGACGAGACCUCGCUGCCCUUCUUCCGCGAGCUCUACCCGGCCGCCGCGGUGGGCGUGCAUGAGCGCUGCCGCAAGUCGGGCCCCUUCCGCGCCAUCUCGGACGCCGCGCGCGCCUACGCCGACUCCUUCGUCGCCGUGGCGCAGCGGUACACGCCCGCCUCGACGGGCGCCCUGUCGGAGCAGUUCCUGCGCAGGGAGCCCGGCACCCCGCUCUCGGCGCGCGACCUGACCUGGUCCUACGCCGCCUUCGUCUCCAUGGCCCAGCGCCGCGCGGGGCUCUUCCCCCCGGCCGGGUGGACCUCGGCCGCGCCCCGGCUGCCGAGCUCCUGCGCCGCGUCCUCGGCCAAGGGCGUCUACGCGCCCGCCGCGGCGGCGGGCGCGCCCAACGUCACGGUCGGCUGCGUGCGCAACGUGCUCUUCGCCGUCAACGCGAGCACCUACUACGGCGAGAACGUCUACGUCGUCGGCAACGCGAGCGCCCUGGGCGCCUGGCGCGUCGCCGACGCGCAGCCCCUCGUCGCGAGCAACUACACCGCCCAGCGGCCCCUGUGGUUCGGGCAGGUCGCGCUCGAGGCCGGGCAGACGGUGGCCUACAGCUACGUGCGCGAGGAGAACUGCGGGCAGCCGUGGCUGUGGGAGCAGGGCGCCGGCGCCAACAGGACUGUCGUUCUGCCGGCGUGCAGCAAGGAGGAGGAGGAGAACGGGACGGGCGAGGAGCCCUUUGUCGUUACCAACGAUGCGUGGGUGGGGCCUGUCGGGUCGUCUGGAAAUUGCUGA